AUGUUCGAGUACUACACAGCCUUUGCUGAUGCCUCACUCGCACUCGCAAUGCCCAAAUCCACACCUGACAGUCCCCAAACCACCGACGAAGAAACCCCCAGCCAUACGCCCUCACCCUUACCAUCACCAAGCGCUGGAGCCACCCAGCAACAACCAAAACCCAAGCCCGGAAGACGCGGUCGCCCCAAGAUCCUCGACAGCAACGGCGAAGAAGUAGCGAGCAAAGAGCGCCGAAAAGCCCAAGUCCGCCAAGCCCAACGAGCCUACCGCUCAAGAAAGGAAGAGCAAACAGCAGUGUUGCUGAAACGAGUAACCGAGCUGGAGCAGAAGCUGCGUCUUGCUCGAGAUCUCUAUCUGAGCACGCACGAUGCCGUGAUGACGUCGGGCGUGAGCUUCUUACUGAACGAUUCGCGCUUGAAACUGCUGCACGAUAACCUGCAGCUCCUGGUUGCCAAUACGGCUGUUUCUGUUGGCCAGGAUCCGACGGGGUCUUUAUUAGACCUAAAUGCGUUGGCACUGGCGACGGCCGGCCCGGGCGGCCAGCCCUUGGCCCUCGGGCCUCACAUGGAUAAUAUCGAUAUGGAUAUGCUCCUUGGGCACGGGCAUGGGCAGGAUAUUCAGCCGGCGUUUAACCUGGAUGGGUCGUUUGAUAUGGUUUUCUAG